AUGUCUCCCCCGACUGGAAAUGCAGGCCUCGAAAAGGAGUCUAACUUGGCCAGACUCCUUGGCUCAGGCUCCGCUGGUAUCGCCGAGUUGGCAAUUUUUCACCCCGUUGAUACGAUUGCGAAGCGAUUAAUGAGCAACCAGACACGAGUUACCGGUGCGAGCCAAUUGAACCAGGUUAUUUUCAAGGACAAGGCUAGCGCUCCUUUGGGUCGAAAGUUCAUCUCGCUGUUCCCAGGUCUCGGUUACGCAGCCGGUUACAAGGUCCUUCAAAGAAUUUACAAGUAUGGCGGUCAGCCUGUUGCACGCGACUAUUUGGCCAAACACUAUGGAAAGGACUUUGAGUCGGCUUUUGGCAAAAAGACUGGCAAGGCCAUCAUGCACUCUACUGCUGGCAGUCUAAUUGGUAUCGGUGAAAUCGUCCUUUUACCUCUCGACGUCCUCAAGAUCAAGCGCCAGACAAACCCCGAGGCUUUCAAGGGCCGUGGUGUCCUCAAGAUUGUUGCUGACGAAGGGUUUGGGCUAUACCGUGGUUGGGGAUGGACGGCUGCCCGUAAUGCGCCUGGUUCAUUCGCGCUUUUUGGCGGUUCUGCUUUUGCCAAGGAAUACAUGUUCCAUCUCCAAGAUUACAACAAGGCUACGUGGUUCCAAAACUUUGUUGCUUCAAUUGCCGGCGCUUCAGCUUCACUUGUUGUCUCUGCUCCUCUCGAUGUCAUCAAGACUCGAAUCCAGAACCGCAACUUUGACAAUCCGGAGAGUGGAUUCCGCAUCUUGGCCAACAUGGCUCGCAAAGAAGGUUUCUCGAGCUUCUUCAAGGGCCUGGUUCCCAAGCUUCUCAUGACCGGUCCCAAGCUCGUCUUCUCUUUCUGGCUUGCUCAGACACUCAUCCCCGCCUUCGAUGUUGCCUUCUCCAAGAAGUAA